ACUCGUCUUCCGUGAGGGGCGUGGACACGUCCUGUCCUGAGCGCACAGAGCGCGUCCAGCAGGCGCAGUGGACAGAAGCGCGCGCCUUGCAACUCCAAAACUAAAAAAAUGGGUCUGGAAAAAGAAAAAUCAGAGACCAGGGUGAUUAUGGAUGAGGAUGAAUUCAACAGAUCGAUUGAACCUAUACUUGGGAAAAAACCGAACGUGUAUUCGGAGGACCAGGACAGAGAUCCUAAAGAUAUCAACAAGCACCUAAAGGUUGGUUUUGAAGACAUCAUCGCUGAGCCCAUCUCCACACACAGCUUUGACAGAGUUUGGAUUGGUAGUCAUGCUGUUUUUGAGCUGGUGAAAUACGUCUUCUAUCGGAUCCUCACCACGUUUCUGGCCAUUCCUAUGGCGUUUAUUGCGGGGAUUGUUUUUGGGAUCCUCAGCUGUAUACAUAUUUGGGUGGUGAUGCCAGUGAUCCAGGGCUGCAUGAUGACACUGCCCUCCAUCCACGUGAUCUGGACCAGCUUGAUGGACAUGUUUAUAGGGCCGUUCUUCUUCAGCAUUGGACGGUGCUUUUCCUCAAUCAAUAUUAAGACUGAGCAAAUCUAACUCCGCAUAGAAGUAUUGCAAAAUCUUCUUGUCACACUCUUUUGCCCUCCCUUUUGAGGGUUACUAGCUGAAGGAUCAUUUAUCCUUGACUUCUGAAGCACAGAGAAGAGACAAACUUUUCUCUCAUUACAAUAUGCAAUAUUCAUUUCGUUGUAGCCACUGACAUGUCAACUUUGUAAUAGGUGGCGCCAAUGCAGACAUGCUUUUUCAGUACUGUUAUGUAAGUCUAAAUAAGCUUUUAUGUUAUAUAUAAUGCAAUACUUUUAAUGUAAUGAUUGAGAUUUAUUCUUUAAGGAUGAUAUAUUGUGCUACUGCAUGAUGAAUGUUAUUAAAAUAAGCGCAUGGUGUGCUUGUAAGGAAAAAAAUAUAUGCAACUACUUCCAAUAGGGCUGUAGGUUUUUUGAGCGUUUUAUUUAUACUGUUUGGAGUUGUUAGAUUUUUAUCAACAACAGUAGGGUACGUUUAUAUAACUAGGUACUUUCAAAAUGGAAAGGAUCACAUACAGACAGACAUCAUUGUCAAAAACAAUCAUGCUCACAAAAAUGAAUGAAAAGGCUGCAUUAUGCAUGCCGGGCCAGUAGAUGGUGGUGUCACUUUUUAAAGAAACAAUGCGUAUCAGCACGCAUACAGCGCUGUAGUCUGCUAUUGUUAUUUUGGAUGUUAAGCACUAAUACAGUGUACAGACUGAACAUAAAAUACACAUAAUGAAUGAAAUCGUUUUCACAAAUUCACGUUUUUGAAAUUUACACUUCAGGAGCUAUAGUUUUCAAAAAAACUGCACAUUGAAACCUGUUUUUAGGCCUCCAAAACAUGUUGAUGUGUGAACAAACUGACAAAAAAAAUGUUUAGUUCUGUAAACGUACCCUUAGAAGAUUUGAUGGCAUUCCAGUGUGAAUUAUUUAUGAUUUUCAGGUACAUUCCUUGUUUUUUUCUCUAUUAAUGACAUCUUUUGAAAUAAUAAAACAGCAGAUGAUGAUUAGUUUGACUUGCAAAGCCACAUUUGACAUGCUGUUUGCCAUAGAUUGUGCUUUGUUAGUGGCUCCACAGAGUAAAUGGAAUAUUUGACUGCAAUGGAACAUUAGAGGCUCAGGUGCCGUUUCCUCAGCCCUGUUGAGUGAUGUCAUGUAGCAAACAUGCUGAACACAGCUCAGCUUAUGAACGACAGAACAACAUGCCUCUCAGUUCACCAAAUAAAAUUAUUUUCGGAAGUUGAA